AUGUUUAUGGAGGCGUCCACCGAGCACAUGGGAAGCUGCGGUGUCUACGACCCCGGCAACCCCUUAUCGGACGAGAACGUCUUCCGCAAGGACGUGAUCGAAACCUCCAAGGAUUUCAACUGUCUGAUCCCCAGACAUCCGGGCGGCAAAUCUUGGUGCCAGGUCGUUGGCAGAGAACCUUACUUUGCUCUGAAUUUUGGUACUGGCACACUGGACGAGGCUUUGGACUGGUUGGAGUACUGUAAUCCUGACAAGAACGCUUACCCUGCGAACUUGAACCGCAAGCUAGGCCACGACAAGCCUUAUAACGUUGGUUGGGUUUAUAUGUCAAUCAUUAACGAACGAUUAUAG